CGUGUCGCGCAGGCUGGAUUGUGGGUCUUGUUGCUGCAGCGCGGCAGCGGAGUGCUUAACUGCGGCAAUCGCAGUCAUGGCAGGACAGGCAUUUAGACAGUUUCUUCCCCUCUUUGACCGAGUACUAGUUGAAAGGAGUGCAGCGGAAACUGUAACCAAGGGAGGCAUAAUGCUUCCAGAAAAAUCUCAAGGAAAAGUGUUGCAAGCGACAGUAGUAGCUGUUGGAUCGGGCUCCAAAGGAAAGGGUGGAGAGAUUCAACCAGUUAGCGUGAAAAUGGGAGAUAAAGUUCUUCUCCCAGAAUAUGGAGGCACCAAAGUACUUUUAGAUGACAAGGAUUAUUUCUUAUUUAGAGAUGGUGACAUUCUUGGAAAGUAUGUAGACUGAAAUCACUGUUGAAGUGGCGUGACGUGAAGCUGCCCAUUCCACUGACGUUCUGAAAUCUUUCAUCAUAUAAAUAAUUUCCAUGUCUUUUAUA